UUCGUUUUCUCCAUCAGAGGUUCGAAACAACGAUAAAAGCAAAGUUGGAGGUUUUUUAUUUGUUUUUUUACGGAGAGGAGCUUACAUUUUGCAGAGAAAUGUUGAGGCUCCGCUGUAUUUAUAUCUAACCAGACAAUUUUCUUUUCGUUUUUUAAAAAAAAAAAAAAAUUCAAAACUUUGAUUCUUUUCGCUUUACCCUCUCUCUCUCUCUCCAAAUUGUGGGGUUUUAUCAGCUGAAGACCCGACUUCCAGACUUGCAGCUCGGAUUUUUCCAGGUCUUCCUUCACAUUUUCUGUCGUUUUCUCGCACUUUCUCGGAUCCCUUUGCUUACGCAGUCAAUGUAAGUCGAUUUUUCUUGCGUAUCUCUUCAAUCUGUUCAAAACCCACAAUUUUUUCCCUUCAAUUUGAAUUCUUUGUCAGGAAUUAUGAGGAUUUCGUGCCCGGAUGAAUCGUCUAGGGCAAGGGCAUGUCCCUCUGAUAGCGUUUUUGUUUCUGUUCAUAAAUUGUGACCUUACGUGUGGAUUGGAUUGUUGGAUUUUGGGAAUGCCAAUGAUUUGAAUUCGGUUCUGAGCUAGAAAGCUCGAUUAGUCUUUACAGAAGUUUAGGGUCAAGGUUUUGUAGAUAUGAUAAAAAAUAUAUGGGGUAAAAUACCCCGGAAACCCUCGAAAUCAUCGCAAAGCGAUGCGUAUAGUGACGGAGGGGCAAAUGGGAAUGGCCCAAAUUCAUCCCACAGCUCAAAAUCGAGCUCUUCUUCGUCAAAAUUUUCGAAUUUGGGUUCGGGCAAUUCUCGUUCGAGCAAUGGGGUUCUUACCUCGCACUCCUCGGGCGGGGUUAAAUCGAAUCACUCAAAGAAAUCAGCUCCCCUUGCAACUCAAGCAGGUCCUUUGUUGUCAUCGGGUGCAUACGAGGCUCUGCCGAGUUUCAAGGAUGUUCCAAGUUCAGAAAGGCAGAAUUAUUUUUUUAAGAAGUUGAAUAUGUGUUGUGUGGUUUUUGAUUUUAAUGAUCCCUCGAAGAAUCUCAAGGAGAAGGACGUCAAGAGGCUAACUUUACUUGAACUUGUAGAUUACAUUUCAUCAGUAACAUCGAAGUUCAAUGAGGUGGCAAUGCAAGAGAUUACAAAGAUGGUGGCGACCAAUCUGUUUCGUACAUUUUCGUCUUCCAAUCUUGAUAACAAGGGUCCUGAAAUUUAUGACCAAGACGAGGAGGACCAAAUGUUGGAACCAGCUUGGCCUCAUCUGCAGAUUGUGUAUGAAUGUCUAUUAAGAUUUGUGGCUUCUCCAGAGAUCGAUGCCAAGCUAGCUAAAAGAUAUAUUGAUCAUUCAUUUGUGUUGAAGUUGCUUGAUUUGUUUAACUCUGAGGACCAAAGAGAGAGGGAAUACCUAAAGACGAUUCUCCAUCGCAUUUAUGGGAAGUUCAUGGUGCAUCGACCGUUCAUUAGGAAAUCCAUUAACAACAUCUUCUUUUGGUUCAUUUUUGAGACUGAGAAGCACAAUGGGAUUGCGGAAUUGCUUGAAAUCUUAGGCAGCAUAAUCAACGGUUUUGCUUUGCCUUUGAAGGAAGAGCACAAGCUGUUCCUUGUUCGUGCCUUGAUUCCUCUUCACAAGCCCAAGUGUGUAUCUAUGUACCAUCAGCAACUCUCAUAUUGCAUUAGUCAGUUUGUGGAGAAAGAUGCCAAGCUGGCGGAUACAGUGAUUCGAGGACUUUUGAAGUAUUGGCCCAUAACGAAUAGUUCAAAGGAAGUUAUGUUCCUUGGUGAAUUGGAAGAGGUUCUGGAAGCUACCCAGCCAUCAGAAUUUCAGCGCUGCAUGGUCCCCUUAUUCCGUCAAAUUGGUAACUGCCUAAACAGCUCACAUUUUCAGGUAGCUGAACGUGCAUUGUUUUUGUGGAAUAACGAUCACAUAAGAAAUUUGGUCACACAGAAUCGCCAAGUGAUUCUGCCAAUAAUCUUCCCAGCCCUGGAGAAAAACACACGGAGUCAUUGGAAUCAAGCUGUUCAGAGUUUGACACUGAAUGUGAAAAAGAUAUUCUCAGAUGUUGAUCAAGAACUCUUUGAUGAGUGCUUGGUCGGCUUCCAAGAAGAUGAAUCCAAAGAGAAAGAAACACAGGAGAAACGUGAAUCAACGUGGAAACGCUUAGAAGAUGUGGCUGCCUCCAAGGCUUUGGGCAAUGAGGCUGUGCUUGUCUCAGGAUUUACUUCCUCCAUUGAUACUAACCCACAACCACGGGCUUCUUCAGGUAGUUGAGUUGAGACCCUCGCGACUCACAAAUUCUGUUUUCCCUAAUCAGUCAUGGUCGGAGGAAAGCGAGUUGUACCCUCUACAGCCAUGGAGGUGUGUGUAAUAUAAAGAAUUUGUUAUAGGGGUGAGUGAUUAUUACUUGUUAGAUUGAUGAUCAAAUUUGUUGUAUAAUGGUGAGAAAAGUUUACAUUUUUCUGUUUCUGUUUCAACUUUCAACCAAAGCAAUGUAUUCCGUCUCUCGGAAAUGUUUCCGUA